CCCGCCCCAUUCUCCUGCUUUCCAUCACCCCGCCCCAUUCUCCCUCCUUCCAUCGCCCCGCCCCAUUCUCCCUCCUUCCAUCACCCCACCUCAUUCUCCCUCCUUCCAUCACCCCGCCCCAUUCUCCCACUUUCCAUCACCCCGCCCUAUUCUCCCGCUUUCCAUCACCCUGCCCCAUUCUCCCGCUUUCCAUCACCCUGCCCCGUUCUCCAGCUUUCCAUCACCCUGCCCAAUUCUCCCGCUUUCCAUCACCUUGCCCCAUUCUCCCACUAUCUAUCACCCUGCCCCAUUCUCCCUCCUUCCAUCACCCCGCCCCAUUCUCCCUCCUUCCAUCACCCCGCCCCAUUCUCCCUCCUUCCAUCACCCCGCCCCAUUCUCCCUCCUUCCAUUACCCCGCCCCAUUCUUCCGCUCUACAUCAGCCCGCCCCAUUCUCCUGCUUUCCAUCACCCCGCCCCAUUCUCCCGCUUUCCAUCACCCCGCCCCAUUCUCCCGCUUUCCAUCACCCCGCCCCAUUCUCCCGCUUUCCAUCACCCCGCCACAUUCUCCUGCUUUCCCUCACCCCGCCCCAUUCUCCAGCUUUCCAUCACCCUGCCCCAUUCUCCCGCUUACCAUCAACCCGCCCCAUUCUCCCGCUUUCUAUCAUCCGUCCCCAUUCUCCCUCCUUCCGUCACCCUGCCCCAUUCUCCCUCCUUCCGUCACCCCGCCCCAUUCUCCCGCUUUCCAUCACCUCGCCCCAUUCUCCCGCUUUUUAUCACCCCGCCACAUUCUCCCGCUUUCCAUCACCCUGCCCGAUUCUCCCUCCUUCCAUCACCCCACACCAUUCUCCCGCUUUCCAUCACCCCGCCCCAUUCUCCUGCUUUCGAUCACCCCUCCCCAUUCUCCCGCUUUCCAUCACCCCGCCCCAUUCUCCCGCUUUCCAUCACCACGCCCCAUUCUCCCGCUUUCCAUCACCCCGCCCCAUUCUCCCGCUUUCCCUCACCCUGCCCCAUUCUCCAGCUUUCCAUCACCGCGCCCCAUUCUCAUGCUUCCCAUCAACCCGCCCCAUUCUCCCGCUUUCUAUCACCCGUCCCCAUUCUCCCUCCUUCCAUCACCCCGCCCCAUUCUCCCGCUUUCCAUCACCCCGCCCCAUUCUCCCGCUUUCCAUCACCUCGCCCCAUUCUCCCGCUUUUUAUCACCCCGCCCCAUUCUCCCGCUUUCCAUCGCCCCGCCCCAUUCUCCCUCUUUCCAUCACCCCGCCCCAUUCUCCCUCUUUCCAUUACCCAGCCCCAUUCUCCUGCUUUCCAUCACCCCACCCCAUUCUCCCUCUUUCCAACACCCCGCCCCAUUCUCCCGCUUUCUAUGACCCCACCCCAUUCUCCCGCUUUCCAUCACCCCGCCCCAUUCUCCCUCUUUCCAUCACCCCGCCCCAUUCUCCCGCCUUUCAUCACCCCGCCCCAUUCUCCCGCUUUCCAUCACCCCGCCCAAUUCUCCCGCUUUCCAUCACCCCGCCCCAUUCACGCCUUCCAUCACCCCGCCCCAUUCUCCCUCUUUCCAUCACCCCGCCCCAUUCUCACGCUUUCCAUCACCCCGCCCCAUUUUCCCUCUUUCCAUCACAACGCCCCAUUCUCCCGCUUUCCAUCACCCCGCCCCAUUCUCCCUCUAUCCAUCAUCCCGCCCAAUUCUCCCACUUUCCAUCACCCCGUCCCAUUCUCCUGUUUUCCAUCACCCCGCCCCAUUCUCUCGCUUUCCAUCACCCCGCCUUAUUCUCCCGCUUUCCAUCACCCCGCCCCAUUCUCCCGAUUUCCAUCACCCCACCCCAUUCUCCCUCUUUCCAUCACCCCGCCCCAUUCUCCCACUUUCCAUCACCCCGCCCCAUUCUCCCGCUUUCCAACACCCCGACCCAUUCUCCCGCUUUCCAUCACCCCGCACCAUUCUCCCUCUUUCCAUCGCCCCGCCCCAUUCUCCAUCCUUCCAUCACCCCGCCCCAUUCUCCCUCCUUCCAUCACCCCGCCCCAUUCUCCCUCCUUCCAUCACCCCGCCCCAUUCUCCCUCCUUCCAUUACCCCGCCCCAUUCUCCUGCUUUCCAUCACCCCGCCCCAUUCUCCCGCUUUCCAUCACCCCGCCCCAUUCUCCCGCUUUCCAUCACCCUGCCCCAUUCUCCCGCUUUCCAUCACCCCGCCACAUACUCCUGCUUUCUCUCACCCUGCCCCAUUCUCCCUCCUUCCAUUACCCCGCCCCAUUCUCCAGCUUUCCAUCACCCCGCCCCAUUCUCCCGCUUACCAUCAACCCGCCCCAUUCUCCCGCUUUCUAUCAUCCGUCCCCAUUCUCCCUCCUUCCGUCACCCCGCCCCAUUCUCCCUCCUUCCGUCACCCCGCCCCAUUCUCCCGCUUUCCAUCACCUCGCCCCAUUCUCCCGCUUUUUAUCACCCCGCCACAUUCUCCCGCUUUCCAUCACCCUGCCCGAUUCUCCCUCCUUCCAUCACCCCACACCAUUCUCCCGCUUUCCAUCACCCCGCCCCAUUCUCCUGCUUUUGAUCACCCCUCCCCAUUCUCCCGCUUUCCAUCACCCCGCCCCAUUCUCCCGCUUUCCAUCACCCCGCCCCAUUCUCCCGCUUUCCAUCACCCCGCCCCAUUCUCCCGCUUUCCCUCACCCCGCCCCAUUCUCCAGCUUUCCAUCACCGCGCCCCAUUCUCACGCUUCCCAUCAACCUGCCCCAUUCUCCCGCUUUCUAUCACCCGUCCCCAUUCUCCCUCCUUCCAUCACCCCGCCCCAUUCUCCCGCUUUCCAUCACCCCGCCCCAUUCUCCCGCUUUCCAUCACCUCGCCCCAUUCUCCCGCUUUUUAUCACCCCGCCCCAUUCUCCCGCUUUCCAUCGCCCCGCCACAUUCUCCCUCUUUCCAUCACCCCGCCCCAUUCUCCCUCUUUCCAUUACCCCGCCCCAUUCUCCUGCUUUCCAUCACCCCACCCCAUUCUCCCUCUUUCCAUCACCCCGCCCCAUUCUCCCGCUUUCUAUCACCCCACCCCAUUCUCCUGCUUUCCAUCACCCCGCCCCAUUCUCCCUCUUUCCAUCACCCCGCCCCAUUCUCCCGCCUUUCAUCACCCCGCCCCAUUCUCCCGCUUUCCAUCAUCCCGCCCAAUUCUCCCGCUUUCCAUCACCCCGCCCCAUUCCCGCCUUCCAUCACCUCGCCCCAUUCUCCCUCUUUCCAUCACCCCGCCCCAUUCUCACGCUUUCCAUCACCCCGCCCCAUUUUCCCUCUUUCCAUCACAACGCCCCUUUCUCCCGCUUUCCAUCACCCCGCCCCAUUCUCCCUCUAUCCAUCAUCCCGCCCAAUUCUCCCACUUUCCAUCACCCCGUCCCAUUCUCCCGUUUUCCAUCACCCCGCCCCAUUCUCUCGCUUUCCAUCACCCCGCCUUAUUCUCCCGCUUUCCAUCACCCCGCCCCAUUCUCCCGAUUUCCAUCACCCCACCCCAUUCUCCCUCUUUCCAUCACCCCGCCCCAUUCUUCCACUUUCCAUCACCCCGCCCCAUUCUCCCGCUUUCCAACACCCCGACCCAUUCUCCCGCUUUCCAUCACCCCGCACCAUUCUCCCUCUUUCCAUCACCCCGCCCCAUUCUCCCUCUUUCCAUCACCCCGCCCCAUUCUCCCGCUUUCCAUCACCCCGCGCCAUUUUCCCUCUUUCCAUCACCCCGCCCCAUUCUCCCACUUUCCAUCACCCUGCCCCAUUCUCCCGCUAUCCAUCACCCCGCUCCAUUGUCCCGCUUUCCAUCACCCCGCCCAAUUCUCCCUCUUCCCAUCACCCCUCCCCAUUCUCCCUCUUUCUAUCACCCCGCCCCAUUCUCCCGCUUUCCAUCACCCCGCCCCAUUCUCCCUCUUUCCAUCACCCCUCCCCAUUCUCCCUCUUUCCAUUACCCCGCCCCAUUCUCCUGCUUUCCAUCACCCCGCCCCAUUCUCCCUCUUUCCAUCACCCCGCCCCAUUCUCCCGCUUUCUAUCACCCCACCCCAUUCUCCCGCUUUCCAUCACCCCGUCCCGUUCUCCCUCUUUCCAUCACCCCGCCCCAUUCUCCCGCCUUUCAUCACCCCGCCCCAUUCUCCCGCUUUCCAUCACCCCGCCCCAUUCUCCCGCCUUCCAUGA